AUGGAUCCACAAAUGCAGAAUCAAAUUCCAACUUUUAAGCUUUUAUUAGUUGGUGAUGGUGGUACUGGUAAGACCACUUUCGUCAAGAGACACUUGAGCGGUGAAUUCGAAAAGAAGUAUAUUGCUACUGUCGGUGUUGAAGUUCACCCAUUGACUUUCUUCACCACUAGAGGUCCUAUUUGCUUCAACGUUUGGGAUACUGCUGGUCAAGAAAAAUUCGGUGGAUUGAGAGAUGGUUACUAUAUUCAAGGACAAUGUGCUAUCAUCAUGUUUGAUGUUACUUCACGUGCUACAUACAAGAACGUUCCAACAUGGCACAGAGAUAUUGUGAGAGUGUGUGAAAACAUUCCAAUUGUUUUGGUUGGUAACAAGGUUGAUGUUGCCGACAGAAAGGUCAAACCAAAGUCCAUCAAUUUCCACAGAAAGAAGAAUCUUCAAUAUUAUGAUGUUUCCGCAAAGAGUAACUACAACUUUGAAAAGCCAUUCUUGUGGUUGGCUAGAAAGAUUGUCGGUGACCCAAAUCUCCAACUCUCCGAAGAACCAGCUAUUGCUCCACCAGAAGUUGCUAUUGAUAUGAAUGCUAUGAAACAAUACGAAGAGGAGUUGAGAAAAGCUGAACAAACUGCUGUUCCAGAAGACGAUGACUUUUAA